UGAAACCAAUCCAAAGGACUAUUGGUACAAUGACAGAUUUCUGUCAAACGCCAGUCCUGAAAUCAACGGCAACUAUGACGGAAGAUGUGGUCCAGAAAUCUGUGGGAACUGUGACUGAUGCAGCAGUACUGCCCCUCCAGUGCAACAGUGAAGAUCAACAAGACACAGACUCGGAGGACAGUUCUGACGAGGAAGAUGAAGAUUGGCUUCCAGGUGAUGAAUCUGAUGAUGACUAUGAUGAAGCAAUUGAUGAACUGGAUAUCACAGACCAUCAAGAAGACAGAGCCCAUAGAGAGAGGAAAUACAGUCUAUGAGAGUUGCUUGAAAGAACUUUGGUCACCCUGUAGGAGUUGUCAAGAGCAUUGCAGAGUUGUGAUAAAGAGCAGGC